AUGGAAUUGGAACCAGCCAAAUUCAUAUUAUCAUUUCUAUUCUUAUUACUAGCCUCUAAAUUCUUCACUACAGAAUCAAAAUGUAGCAAAACUUGUGACAUAGCUUUAGCUUCUUAUUAUCUAUGGUAUGGUUCAAAUCUCACAUAUGUUUCAAAAAUCAUGCAAUCCAACCUUGUCACAAAACCUGAAGAUAUUGUCAGCUACAACACAGACACAAUCAAAAACAAAGAUUUGGUCUUAUCUUACACAAGAGUGAAUGUUCCAUUCCCUUGUGAUUGCAUCAAUGAUGAAUUUCUUGGUCACACAUUUCAAUACCAUGUUGGAACAGGAGAUACUUAUUUGUCUGUUGCUAAUAGGAAUUAUUCAAAUUUGACAACUUCUGAGUGGUUGCAUAGCUUCAAUACCUAUCAACCUGAUAAUAUUCCUGAUACUGGAACUCUUAAUGUUACUGUUAAUUGUUCUUGUGGGAAUAGCCAUGUUUCUAAAGAUUAUGGUUUGUUUAUUACUUAUCCUCUUAGAAUUGAAGAUUCUUUGAAAUCGAUUUCGAAUAAGACUAAAGUUGAUGCUGAGUUGUUGCAGAAGUAUAACCCUGGUGUGAAUUUUAGUCAAGGGAGUGGUUUGGUUUAUAUUCCUGGGAAAGACACAAAUGGUAGCUAUGUGCCUUUUCACACAAGCACUGAAGGUCUAUCAGGUGGAGUUAUUAUUGGAAUAUCUCUUGGAGCAGUAGCAGGAAUAAUGCUAUUAGGAUUUUGUAUUUAUAUUACAUGUUACCGGAAGAAGAACAUACGGAAUCAAGAAUUUCUCUCAGAAGAAACCAGCGCGAUUGUUGAAGUGUCUGGUAAUGCUACAUAUGGAACUUCAGAUUCUCUGAGUCCUGCUAAUAUCAUUGGCAUUAGGGUGGAAAAAUCAGGGGAGUUUUCAUAUGAAGAACUAGCUAAUGCUACGAAUAACUUCAAUUUGGCUAACAAAAUCGGUCAAGGAGGUUUCGGUGAAGUCUAUUAUGCCGUGUUGAAUGGCGAGAAAGCUGCAAUAAAAAAGAUGGACAUGAAAGCAUCAAAAGAAUUUCUUGCUGAGCUUAAGGUGUUGACGCGUGUUCAUCACUUGAACUUGGUACGGUUGAUUGGAUAUUGCGUCGAAGGAUCGCUUUUCCUUGUGUACGAAUACAUUGAUAAUGGAAACUUAAGUCAACAUCUUCGCAGUUCAGAUGGAGAACCUUUGUCAUGGGUGGCCAGGGCUAAAAUUGCUCUGGAUUCAGCAAGAGGUCUUGAAUACAUUCACGAACAUACCGUGCCUACUUAUAUUCAUCGUGACAUAAAGUCAGAAAACAUUUUGUUAGACAAGAACUUCUGUGCUAAGGUUGCAGAUUUUGGAUUAACCAAGCUGAUUGACGCUGGAAGUUCAUCAGUUCCUACUGCUAAUAUGGCAGGCACAUUUGGUUACAUGCCACCAGAAUAUGCAUAUGGAAGUGUUUCUUCCAAAAUAGAUGUAUAUGCUUUCGGAGUUGUUCUUUAUGAACUAAUUUCUGCUAAAGGAGCAGUGAUAAUGGGUGGUGAAUCUGGUGCAGAUUUAAAAGGCCUUGUAGUUUUGUUUGAUGAAGUUUAUGACCAACCAAAUCCUAUAGAAGGUUUUAGAAAGCUGGUGGAUCCUAGGCUAGGGGAUAACUAUUCAAUUGAUUUAGUUUUAAAGAUGGCACAACUUGCAAAAGCAUGCACAGAAGGUGAUCCACAAAAGCGUCCAAAUAUGAGCUAUGUUGUAGUUGCUCUGACUACAUUAACUUCAACUACUGAGGAAUGGGAUAUCACUUCUAUAUACAAAAAUCCAAAUCUUGUAAAUUUAAUGUCAGGAAGAUAG